AUGGGGGAUCCAGGCCGGUCCCCCCAUGGCAGCCCCCCAACUCUAAGCACUCUCACCCUCCUGCUGCUCCUCUGUGGACAUGCUCAUUCUCAAUGCAAGAUCCUCCGCUGCAAUGCUGAGUAUGUAUCGUCCACCCUGAGCCUUAGAGGUGGGAGGUCACCGGGAGCCCUGCGAGGAGGAGCAGGAGGAGGGGGCCGAGGUGGAGGGGUGGGCUCAGGCGGCCUCUGUCGAGCCCUCCGCUCCUACGCUCUCUGCACCCGGCGCACCGCCCGCACCUGCCGCGGGGACCUGGCCUUCCAUUCGGCGGUGCACGGGAUCGAAGACCUGAUGAUCCAGCACAACUGCUCCCGCCAGGGCCCCACGGCCCCGCCCCCGGCCCGCGGCCCCGCCCUUCCAGGCGCAGGCCCCGCCCGCUCCUCCGGCCCCCCAGCCCCGGACCCCUGUGACUAUGAAGGCCAGUUUUCCCGGCUGCACGGGCGUCCCCCGGGCUUCUUGCAUUGCGCCUCCUUCGGGGACCCCCACGUGCGCAGCUUUCACCACCACUUUCACACGUGCCGUGUCCAAGGAGCUUGGCCCCUGCUGGAUAAUGACUUCCUUUUUGUCCAGGCCACCAGCUCCCCCGUGGCAUCGGGGGCCAACGCCACCGCCACCCGGAAGCUCACCAUUAUAUUUAAGAACAUGCAGGAAUGCAUUGAUCAGAAGGUCUACCAGGCUGAGGUGGACAAUCUUCCGGCAGCCUUUGAAGAUGGCUCUAUCAAUGGAGGUGACCGACCCGGGGGGUCCAGUCUGUCCAUUGGAACUGCUAACCCUGGGAACCACGUGGAGAUCCGAGCCGCCUAUAUUGGCACAACUAUAAUCAUCCGGCAGACAGCUGGGCAGCUCUCCUUCUCCAUCAAGGUAGCAGAGGACGUGGCCCGGGCCUUCUCAGCUGAGCAAGACCUACAGCUCUGUGUUGGGGGGUGCCCCCCAAGUCAGCGACUCUCUCGCUCAGAGCGCAGCCGCCGGGGAGCUCUGACCAUUGACACCGCCAGACGGCUGUGUAAGGAAGGGCUGCCAGUUGAAGACGCUUAUUUCCACUCCUGUGUCUUUGAUGUUUUGAUCUCUGGUGACCCGAACUUCACUGUGGCAGCUCAGGCGGCUUUGGAGGAUGCCCGAGCCUUCCUGCCGGACUUAGAAAAGCUGCACCUCUUCCCCUCGGAUGCCGGGGUUCCUCUUUCCUCGGGAACCCUCCUAGCCCCACUCAUUUGGAGUGGGCUCUUUGUUCUGUGGCUUUGCAUUCAGUAA